GCAGCUCUCGCUCCAGUCACUCUUUAAACCUAGGUAUUCAUCCUUGUUCUAACCACACUUCCUCCUAACACGCCCGAACUUCCACCGACUCGAGAAGCCUCAUUCUCUCCUGAAUCACAUCUCUUGCUCACUUUGGCUUCGCUGACACGCUGGACACGGCAUCGCGAUGCCCUUCGAGUCGCAUCUCGCCUUGGACCUCGUCUGAAGCCUUUGCAUAAUCGCUUGAUCCCGCCUUUCUUUCGUUCAGCGUGUGUCGGUCCUCUUCGUCGUAGAUAUUGCGUCUACUUUCGACGACUUCGCAGGUAUAGGAUCCAUCGCCAGGACGGUUCUGCUUCACCGCUUUCGUUCAGCACUUCACGGUGAAUGAGGAUCUGAGGCUCGAGCAGAUGGCGCAAUACUCGCCGCACCCUGCAGCGGAGCAGAACUACGACACCCUGUAUUCCACCGCCAGCGGUGCUCAGCAACUCGUGGAUGCGCAAGGCCAAUUUCAAUUCAAUGCCAUGAACCAGUCCGCCUAUCCCAAGGUCGAGUCAGCAGCCAACGGUCAACCACCCUCGUCAACUACGACGCAUACCUUCAUACAUCACCUACCGCCGCAAAACACAUUCGACGCGCAGCAGUCAGCUCAACAUGCCUCACAGCUGGCCAUUCAGCCGCAGCUAGAUGAUGCCUCGAUGACGACAGCCGAUCCGCAGGCCGCUCUCGACCAGAGUCAGAAAAUCGUUCGCCUCCGCAAAGCAUGUGAUGGGUGCAGUAUCCGGAAGGUCAAGUGUGACGAAACCGGCCCACCGUGCCGCCCAUGUGCGGCCCUCAAUAUACCCUGCACGUGGUCAAGACCGGUACGACGCAGAGGACCUCCGAACCGACACGCCGAAGCCAUCAAGCGCGCCCGAGUCGAAAGUUUCGCCGAUCCGUCCUUCUUUGACCGGGAAUCAUCACCGGCUUCCCCAACUCAUGCAGCACAAGCACUCGCAGCGCUAUCAUCACAUGCACACAAACCAUCUGCUGAGUCGAUUUGUUCCAUCUCCAAAUUAAACCCCUUGAUCGACGACUUCUUCACCUACAUCCACCCUCUCUACCCAUUCCCGCACGAACCCAGCUUUCGUGAAGCAUGGAAGCGAAGAGAAGACCUCUCGAAUGCCGCAUUCCUCUCUCUUCUCGCUUCCAUGGUCGCCGCAUUGGUGUCUUCCUUCCCGAGAAAACCUCGUCUCCACCUCACGGCUCGCAGGAGAGAUGCCAACUUCCCAAAAGAUCUCGACCUCAUCACGCGAUGUCAGAAAGUCUGCUUGGUUGCGAGAGGUCCGGGCUUCCUGGACAGCGAUACCCUGAGCGUUUACGAUGCUGCUACGAGCUACUUCCUUGGACUUACCGGUCUCCAUACACAUAGAUGGCGCCAGUCGCGGUUGUAUUUUGGCGAAUGUCUCACCAUCCUCCGCGCUCUCGGUCUCCACAAGGAGCAAGAUCAGUCAUACACCAUCCUGGGCUCGUUGCCGUCUGCACUUGGCUCAUACGGCAUCAAAGCCCAAGGCACAAGAGGGCAGCAGAUCGAUAACAUCACCCUAGAAAUGAGUCGACGCUUGUUUUGGACGAUCUUCAGCACAGUGAGGAGCAUGCAACAGCUUGGAGCGGACUUUGAUGAGCUCAUCAUACCACCACCCACCCCCAGCCAACCUUACCCACCUCUUCCUGCCGAGGUGGACGACUUUUGCGUCUUCCCAACCCACAAUGAGCCGCAGCCCGCGGGCUACCUCCCCUUCACAGCUGCAUUCAACGCGAAUGUGAAAUGUUUUCGCGCCUACGAUGCCCUUGCGAGUAUAGACAUGGCCUGGGGCAAGAACUCCGUGGCUGAGCGAGAGCGGCAAGCUGGACUACUCCUCGAGGCUUUGAAAAAGUGCAACGAGCCGGUUCAGAGUCUAUCGCAGCGUGAUAGCGAGGAAUUUCAAGAUGGUCUUUCGAGUAGCAACGGCGCGGCCAACAGUAGGCAGAGCAUGGGCUCUCAGCCUCACUUUCCGCGAGAUCCGGCCUCGUCUCUGCAAGGCGAAUCGUUGCCCAGCGAUGAUCAGGAGGCGGCGAAGCAACGAAGACGCUUGCAGCAUGCAAUACAAAGGAACAACGUCUAUGCCUCUGCGCUGUCGACGCGCAUAUACAUCGUGAAACGACUCCAGGCGCUGUCCGAAGCCGGUGAACUGGAAGGUGCAGAUCCAGGCAGUGGGAGGAGCCGUGCUAUCGAGGAAAUUGCGCGGAUCGAAGAGACGAAAAGCUUGAUCGGUGAGCUCCUGGCAACGCUGAGCAAUGUUGAGGCGGUCAAUGUGGAGCCGAACGCCGACAACUUUGUAAGUCGAGUCCAUGCGUUCAGGUGGAAGGAGACCUAAUGUAAUGCAGGUGGCCAAACUCCGCACCCUCGCCGCCAUGCUUGUGGAUCUCCUGGAAGAGCCCGAAAGCGACCUGGCAAAGCGCCUUCGAGACAGCGUCACUGGCUUUCUCCGAGGCUUGCUUCGCCUGGAGAG